CGCCGCCGCUGCGAUGUCGGGGGCGCACGCCGCGCCGACGCUCGACUUCUGCCCUGACGAUCGCGAAUUCUUCCCCAACUAAUAAAUCAAGCGAUACCAACAAAGUAAGCGCUCACGAACAGAUUAUAACUCGAUAUGAGAUAAGGAGCGCAUGCUAGUGAUUAAUCGUUAAAGUCCGUUCAACUCUUCGGAAUCAACCGCAAUCCCGAUUUCGAUUUACGCGUAAUGUAAACACGUUUGAAGUUUUCCGGAAUAAGUUGUUGACUUUGGUAAUAGUUAUGGAUGCAUUGUUUGAAGGAUUGUUAGCGAUAAUGUAGCCCAUCUAACUAGUGUUUGGUGAAUGUGAUAGAAGGACUUGAAGAUGGGUGGUCAGUGGACUUUCGGGGCGUUAUGGACUUUGCUGGCUGUGGUGCUGGGGGACUCAUGGACGGCCUACCAGGAGCAGCCGUGCUGCCGGCCGGUCGCGCAUCACCGCGUGAGGCAUCAUCGAGAUCACAUAAGGGAGUUCUCCUGCGGGAGACUUUUUUACCGCACCAUGUACAUGAAUGAAGAUAGAAAUACGCUUUACGUAGGAGCUAUGGAUCGGGUGCUCAAAUUAAACAUGACUGAUAUUAGUCAAUCACAUUGUGAGCGCGACGCUCUAAUCCUGGAGGCUAGUAACGUGGCACGCUGCGUCAGCAAAGGGAAGACGGAGCCCUUCGAAUGCCGCAACCACAUCCGCGUGCUGCAGCCGCUGGGAGACGGCGAGAGGCUGUAUGUGUGCGGCACUAACGCACACAGUCCUAAAGACUGGGUUGUCUAUUUAAAUCUUACCCACCUUCCUCGUCACGAGUACGUGCCGGGCGUAGGUUUCGGCGUAGCCAAGUGUCCCUACGACCCGGCUGACAACAGCACAGCGGUCUGGGUGAGCCACGGGAACCCCGGCGGCUUGCCUACGCUGUACGCCGGGACUAACGCAGAGUUUACCAAGGCUGACCCUGUCAUAUUCCGGAAUGACUUGUAUGACUUCCGGACGGGACAGAAGAAGUACAACUUUAAGAGGACGCUGAAGUAUGACUCCAAGUGGCUUGACAAAACCAACUUUGUAGGUUCUUUCGACGUUGGAGAGUACGUGCUAUUCUUCUUCAGAGAAACUGCCGUGGAGUUCAUGAACUGUGGCAAGGCGGUGUACUCUCGUGUAGCCAGGGUCUGCAAGCAGGAUACUGGUGGCAAGCACAUACUCAACCAGAACUGGGUUACUUACUUGAAGGCCAGGCUCAAUUGUAGCAUACCUGGAGAGUUUCCUUUCUACUUUGAUGAGAUACAAAGCGUGUACAUGAUGCCGGGUGAGGUCCCCCGGUUCCAUGCCGUUUUCACGACGGGCGCCAGCGACGGGCUGGUGGGAUCAGCUAUCUGCACGUACAACAUGGACGACAUACAGGAGGCCUUCGCGGGCCGGUUUAAGGAGCAGGCUACAUCCAGCUCGGCGUGGCUGCCUGUGUUGCGCGCGCGCGUGCCCGAACCCCGGCCCGGUACCUGCGUCAACAACACCGAGGCGCUGCCUGACAACGUGCUCAACUUUAUAAGGUCUCACCCACUGAUGGACUCCGCAGUUCGACACGAGGGCGACGCGCCAGCCUUCUACAAACGAGAUCUGGUGCUGACGACUCUGGUGGUUGACAGUCAGUUUGUUGACAUGCUGGGAGAUGACAUCACUUACACGGUGUUCUAUGCUGGGACGAGUGAGGGGUCCGUGUACAAGAUUGUGAAGUGGGCCGACGGUUUCUCGCGCGUUGCUGACGUGUGGCGCGCGGCUGGCGACGAGCCGGUGCGCGCUUUGGCGCUGUCGUCGCGUCUACACUCGCUGUACCUGGCUACUGACAACAGACUGCGACAGUUACCUUUGAGGGCGUGUGCACAUCGGUACGACAGUUGCACACGAUGUGUCCUCGAUCCCUACUGCGGCUGGGACAAGGAAGUCGGGGCGUGUCGCCCAUACACCCCUGGCCUCCUACAUGACGCCACAAACUCCACGCCAUCUAUAUGCGAAGCUAGCGCUCCGCUGAAGACGGUCAGGGCUAGCUACGGACAGAGCAUCCAUCUGGCGGCUUUUGCUAAGACUCCUGAGGCACUGAAGGACCAGCAUGUUGUGUGGUUCCAUCAUUCAAGGGAGAAGGGAAGAUACAAGAUAAGCUUUAAUUGGGAGCGAGUUCUACAGACGUCGGAGCGAGGCCUGGUCCUGCUGACUGUGACGGAAUCUGAUCGAGGCCGGUACGAGUGCUACUACGGGCCCACACUCGUUGCUUCUUAUAACUUGGACAUUGAUAUGCAUAGGUGCACUCAGCCAAGCAAGACGACGGACUACAAGCAGGUGUACUCGGACUGGUGCCACGAGUUCGAGAAGUACAAGAGCGCUAUGAAGACCUGGGAAUCUCGGCAAUUGCAAUGCUCCAAAAACGUGAACGCGUCUACCAGUCAGAACAGCCUCGUCAACGACAUCGUCGCGCUGCGGUGAUAGACCAUCAACCUGUGAAGUACAGUGCCUCACAUUUACUAGAACCUUAAGCUUACUGCUCAGACUUUGGAGACACAGUGUGUGUGGAGACACAGAUAUAUAGAUACACAAGUUGGUCAAAAAUAUCGACACUAAGUAGUCACACCUCGGACACUGGCUAUCAAAUAUAUGAAAGAGGCGCGUUCCUAGCACACAGUCUAAGC